CAGAUUCUGCCUGCCGUAUCAUUUGCAUUUUGCAAACGUUAAUUUAUUAAUAAAAUGUGUUUGUGCAUUGAAAACUGAUAAAAAUAUUAUUAUCAAUACGAACAAUUUACACCUGUUAAUUAGAGAUAAGGGGAAGAAGACAUAUUAGUUAUGAUAUUGGCUGAAACUUUGUUGUUCUCUCUAUCUCUGAUCGAUUGCGGUGCAAUUUUAUUUCUGUUAGUUUACUAUAUAAUAACGCUGUCUGACUUGGAAUGUGAUUAUUUGAAUGCUCAGGAGUGUUGUGAGAAAUUAAACUACUGGCUAUUGCCUAAAUACAUUGCGCACUCGUUCAUAACAUUCCUAUUGCUACUUCAUGGGCAGCUGGUUCUAUUUCUGAUUAAUCUGCCUAUGUUUAUAUGGCUCACGUUUGAAUAUCUGACCAUACCUCAAGGAAACUUAGGAGCUUACGAUCCAGCUGAGAUACACAAUCGAGGUAACCUAAAGAAACACCUGAGAGAUGUUAUGAUAUACAUUGGGUACUAUCUCAUAUUCUUUUUCAUAUACCUCUACUGUUUCAUCCUUGCUCUAUUGAAAGGGGACCCAUUACAAAGGCAUGCUGAUGAUGAAAUUAUAACUAAAAUGUAAAAAUGUCUGAUAAUUCAGUAGAUAGUAUUGAUUUGGGAGAAGCUCAGGACUUAAGUGACUCAGACAGCAGUUCUAAUGAUGACCCUGGCCCUGCACCAUGUGUGAAAGUGCCUCUACCAGAGAACAUAGCAGCUUAUGUUGAGAAUGUUGAAUUGAUGCGUGAUAUUGAACCAGUUGAUUGUAAUAGCAAUCUUAUUGAGAAUGUAAUGAAUAACUAUGUUAUUGUUAAGAAGAUUAUUAGUAGUCUACCAUGGCAAGAGAAGAUGCUAUGUAAACAUGUGUGCCAAACGUGGCAUUCAGCUGUGCUAGCCCUCCAAAAGGAACAGCUCAGUCCUGCAGACUUUGUGAUAGAUUUACAACUUGCUUCAAUAAAAAAUGGUGUGAAAUAUAAGGUGUCUGGUGUGUAUUACACUGAGCCGCUAGUCAUUUUCACAUUUACAAAUACCCCAGCUGGGUUUGGGAUUACUAACAGAUGCUUGGAGUUGGUACCCUCCCCAUGUGAUCCACCAUGUGAUAAAGAACAUUGCUUAAUUGAUUAUAUUCAUCGUGAUACUACUGCACCAAAAGAUUGUAUGCUAACAGUGAGGGCAGGCUACCUCUCAUACAUGCCACUGCCACAUUCAAUAACAGCUAAGCAUACAAUCACGCAACGCAUGUUUCGGAGAUCAAACGCAUUUAUUGGUGGAAUUUACAUACCAAAAAUUCCAGAUGUUCAAUUUCAUGUGAUCAAUAUAAAGACUAAUACAGACAUGCAGAAGGAAUACUUUGAUGUAAUCUCAAAUCUUGCUCAGGACAACAUCUUCAAGGGUAUUUUAAUUUAUGUGACUGAAAAGUUUCUUCUACAUUCAGAAAUUGGGGAAUGUGCUUACCUAAAUUAUUUCAAGGAAGUGCAACCAGACAUACCUUACGCACUUGGAGGCUGUAUAGUUGAAGAUACUAUGUGCGAACUCAGUAACAUAACGCCACUGGUGGACUGCAGGAAUGAAGGAAAUUAUUUUGUCAGUGAAAAUCUCAUAACUAUUGGGAUGUUCACAGUGCCUAAAAAUACUAAUGCUGCAGAUCAAAACCACAAAAUAAACUUUGAUAUGUACUCUCUUAUACUGGAAUCAUCAGAUUGGACUAAAGCAAAAAUACAGAAGACAAUUAAUGAGUUCUCCAAGAAAGUGCCGCGUUUCGAGCACAGCGUGGUAUUGAAGCUGUCAUGCGUUGGACGCGAUCAGAAGCACGAAUUAGAAGAAGACUACUUCAGAGCCGAAUUCCCCACUAGCAGGCUGGUGGGUUGCUUUGGUAACGGGGAGUUGGGGGUCAACCACCCGGUACGACCCGCCGACGACGCCCCGCCGUCGAAAAGACAUCGACAUGACCCGGGACCCGAGUUUGGAUUGAUAUACUCAUACUCUACAGUGUUUGUGUAUAUUGGAUGGGGGAAAAUCACGUCACCUGAAGGACCUAACCAUUAAGAAAUUAAUGAGGAUAAUCAUUGCUUAGUUACUAAAGAUCUGUCUGAGAACUGUGCAAUACUGAACUUAAGUCGCCAAUUUAUUGGAGUGAUUUUAAUAUAAGGGAAUGCCUAGUAAAUAUGUAGGUACUGGGUAUUAUUGAUGUGAUAGUACUUAUGCUUCCGAAAAUUUAUUUAGUUGUAUUAUUAUUUUGUUGUCAUUGUCAUUAUAUCAUGAAUCUACAGGGUGUUAGGUAAAUGGGUAUAUGAGCUGACACUAGCCCAUGUUA